AUGGAAGGAUGUACGGCUGAGAAGCCUCCGGGGACCAGCACUGUACAUGACCUCCUUUAUAUCGCCAACGUGAGUGCUCCUCUAGCAUUAUACCCCCUACAAUUGGAUACCGGAUCGUCAGAUCUCUGGACGAAAGCUUCCUCGAGUCCGAUCCCAAACACCAAGCAGUCGGCGAGUCUACGCCUUCGUUAUGGCAUUGGAUGGGCCUACGGCAAUGUCUCGUGGGGUACCGUUGAAUUCGCUGGUAUCGAGGUCGAGUCGCAAGCAUUCAUGGACGUCACCGCUGCGUCAAACCCUGCACUCUCGUAUGGCGCGAAUGGGAUCAUUGGUCUCGGCUUCGACUCGCUAUCGACGAUCGACGCACUCGUCAACCACAGUGGGUCUGCUACAGGCCGCACUUUCCUUUACAAUGCAUUCCAGCAGAACAAGAGCGAGCCCAACUUCAUCUCCUUCACUCUUGAAGAUGACGCGGACCCUGAUGACACCAUUCAGGGUUACUUCUCGAUAGGCGAGUAUGAGCCCAAAUACGCUGCAGUCCAAAACAGCUCGCCCAUCUCGACAUGGCCCGUCAGCUACCCUACUCGGUGGACUGUCUUGCUCGACGCUCUACUUGUCGGUAACAAGUCUGUGUCCGUGUCAACAACUGUGUCCGGUGCACCCUCAGACAAGGCAGUUGUCGUUCUUGACAGCGGGACAUCAUACACGUAUGCUCCAACAGAGAUCUGCAAUGCCAUCUAUGGCGGAAUCUCUGGUGCGAAGUACGACGCUGACCUAGGGCAAUGGGUUGUGCCCUGUGAUGCCGAAGUCGACAUCGCCUUGCAGUUUGGUCAGGGCGUCUACCCCAUCAACCCCCUCGACGUCUCCCCACAGAGCCUCACAGAUUCGUCUACCUGUGUAGGCACCUUUAUACCCCAAUCAGUCUCCGUCGGCGGCGGCGAGUUUGACUGGCUGAUCGGCGACAACGUCCUGCGUUCUGUUUACGCCAUCUAUGACUUUGGCGACUACGACUCAGCGGGCAAGAUGGGCAACCCAUACAUCAAACUCUUCUCCCUGGUCGAUCCCGACCAGGCUUCUGCAGACUUCCACUCCAUCCGCGGCGGCCAGGCGCAGAACGUCACCUACAACGCCGCCAACACCACAACCUCGGGCUCUGGCUCGACGACGGUCGCGCUCUCCAACGACGUCAUCACAUCCCUCGAGCGCGUGAGCAACUUCAUGCCCGCCGUGCUCGCGCUCAUGGCGUUCAACGCGCUCGUGCUCAUCCUGCUCGUCGUCGCGGGCGCUGUGUAUUUCUUCCGGCGGAGCGCACGGGGCAAGACGCGCGCGCGCAAGGCGCCCGGGCGCGUCGCCCCGAUGCCGAUGAACACCAUGUCGACGGUCGGUCUUAUGAGCGGGGACUCGCCGGGCGGCGCGUACCAGCCGGUGUCGAUGGCGCUCUCGGAUGACGCGUUCGUGCCGCCAUCGCCCGCGUUCUCAAGGCGCAUCUCCGGGCUGCGGCCUGUAUCGGAGAUGCACGAGCGGCCAAUGUCGGUCGCGUGAGUUCCGCGGGUCGAGGACUGAAGACUGCGGUGCUACGGAUGCUUUAUGUCGUUGCCAGAUGCUGCCCUGGUGGGCAUGGACAGGUUGCUGCUGUCUCUGCGUGAGACGGAGAUAUACGUGUAGGUACAUCGAGAUGGACGAUGGCUUUCGCCCGGUAGUUGCUUUGAGCUUAUCAUGUGAAGUAGCUACUAGUCUAAUUAUCACGCAUCCAUUUCUCUGCUUUCA